GAUUGCCAUAUUCGAUGAAGGAAGCUGGUUUUCCUCUAGGAAUACUGCUUUUGUUUGUGGUUGCCUUAAUCACAGAUUAUUCCAUUAUAUUACUGAUCAAAGGAGGAAAUCUGUCCAGUACCAAAACCUAUCAAGAGCUGGUCAAAAAAACAUAUGGUCUUGUAGGUUAUCUAAUCCUUUCAGUUCUCCAGUUUUUAUAUCCAUUUAUUGCUAUGAUCAGUUACAACAUAAUAACAGGAGACACUUUAACUAAAGUUUUUCAGAGAAUUCCUGGAGUUGGGGUGGAUAACGUGCUUACCGACCGUCACUUCAUAAUUCUUCUUACCACCAUCAUCUUUACCUUACCUAUAUCUUUAUAUCGAGACAUAGCAAAAUUGGGAAAGGUAUCUCUUCUUUCUCUGAUUCUAACCAUUGUCAUCCUGGUUGUUGUGAUGGUGAGAACAGUAACCUUCAGUCCACAAGUACCCAAAUCAGAAAAUGCAUGGAUAUUUGCAAAACCAAAUGCAGUACAAGCCAUUGGGGUGAUGUCAUUUGCAUUCAUCUGCCAUCAUAACAGCUUUCUAAUAUAUGGGUCUCUGGAAGAACCCACAUUAAAGAAUUGGUCUCAAGUCACACAUAUGUCUGUGGCCCUUGCUCUUGUCAUCAGUGUAGUGUUUGCUACCAGUGGAUAUAUGACUUUUACAGGAUACACAGAAGGAGAUAUAUUUGAAAACUACUGUAGAGAUGACAACCUUGCUACAUUUGGAAGGUUUUGUUAUGGAGUUACUGUAAUUCUGACCUUCCCCCUUGAAUGUUUCGUGACCAGAGAGGUGAUUGCCAAUGUGUUUUUCCAUGGGAACCUCUCAACAGUUUUCCAUGUUGUUGUGACAGUAGUUAUCAUUGCUGUGGCAACUGGUGUAUCAUUAGUGUAUGAUUGCCUUGGAAUAGUUUUAGAGCUGAAUGGAGUUUUGAGUGCUACCCCACUUGUUUUUAUCAUCCCAUCAGCGUGUUAUCUAAGGCUAUCCAAGGAGCAGUGGAACCAUUCAGAUAACCUCAUAUCCUGCCUGAUUCUUGUUCUUGGUGUGCUAGUGAUGGCAGUUGGGUUUGUCAUGACUGUCUUGCAUCCCCAGACAUGUAGCCAUGGAAAAGAAAUGUUCUACUGCUCCCCUAGUAACGUUUCUUUGCACAACAGCACACUUCCACCAUAUUGUAAAACAAUUAGAGGGAAGCAUGAGUAUUACUCUGCUUUCAUUUCUCUACAAAAUGUCAACUUUGAGGGUGAUAAUUUAUUUGUUCUCCAGAUGGGUACUAUUCAGGAAGGAUCUGCUGGUGAAGUAGAUCUUGAAGCAGAUGAGGAAAAAGCGGAGCUGCCCUCAUGCUCAGCGAGCAAACCUCAGCCUGAGCCCACUCCUGACGGCGGGAGCUCGUCACCCGUGACAGCCGGGGCUCAGCUCGGCCCAGCAGAACAGUCUGAUCCCCCACCGUGGGGUCCCACCGCAUCCCGGCCCCGGGCUCCGCGCCCGGCUCUCCCCACCUGUAGGGAUUUCGCCUCGCGCCCUGGUGGCUGGAAUGGGAAAGGGCUGAGCCUGAGGCGGCCGCCGGGACGCUUCGCUCGGGGAGAGGAAAAUUCCAGGCGAGAGGAGCGGCCCAGCCCCCGCCGGCCGCUGACAGCCCGCGGCCGAGGCCGAGCGGAGUCCCGGCUGCGGCCGCAGCUGGAGGGACAGCGGGUGUGUGGGGGCGGCGGGAGGGAGGCGCUGGGACGGGAACAGGGAAUCUCUGUCUCCGUGCGUGCCGGAGCGGGGAACGUUCCGCGUUUCAAGUUUCUCGCCGCGAAGUUCGGGUUUGCCUUUUUUAUUUUUUUUUUUUUCCCUUGCUUCUGCGUUUUUUUUUCCGCUACGCCCAAGGUGUGGUUCGGCGAUCGGCAGGAGCCUGGCGCAGCCCGUGACCGCACCCGGGCAGGCGCCCAGUGUCCGCGCCGUAAACAGCGGGAAAUGCCCGGGCUCGGGGGCGAGGCGGCGCCGGGGGCUGCGGAGCGGGGCCGCCCUCCUCAGCCCGCCCCGAGCAGGUGA